AUGAGGAACAAGCUCCAAUUUUUCAGCGUUGCUAUAGCAAAUCUCCAUGGCAAUGACCCUAAUCGGGGAAGGGGGGAUGCUGAAGGGGCGCAUGCUCACAGUGGCUGCUGGAGCCUUGCCUGCUCUGCACAGCUGCUCCAAGGCUCUGGCUCACUGGCAAGGAGAAGGAGCAGGCAGGGAAGACAGCUUGAAUUAUUGAUGAGAGCGAUGGCGCCCGUGCGGAGCGAGGUGCGGGUGGGGAUCCUGCUGCUGUGGCUGCUCAGCCUGCUCAGCGCCAGGCUGGUGGGAGCUGGCCAGGACCCCGGGAGUGCCAUCCCAGCAGAAAGCCGGCCCUGUGUUGACUGCCACGCGUUCGAGUUCAUGCAGAGGGCGUUGCAGGACCUGAGGAAGACGGCGUACAGCCUGGACACGCGGACAGAAACCCUCCUCCUGAGAGCAGAAAAGAGAGGCCUGUGUGAUUGCUUUCAUGCAAUACACUGAAAUGAGCACUGGGAUUUGGCCAAUGGACAUAUAUUCAUUUUUAAAAAGCUGUUCAGUAAAUUACAGGAAGAUACAGAGUGCAAUUUGUGCCCCACCAUAAGGAAAAGCAUUUUUAUCAAAACAGGUAUAGCUCAGAUUAUUUUUGCUUUGUUGUGGUUUGUCAUAAGUCUAUGUGAUAUUGCAUCUGCAAACGUCAAGGGAAGAAACAAUGUCAAAGUCUUGCUUAUGGGUUUUAUGCAAGGAUAGCAUCCUGCUUUGUUGGUAUUUCAAAAAUUGUCCUUGGACUCUCAGGCCAACCUCUUGGCUUGUAUGAAUUGCCAUAGAUCUGUGAAAGUCAGUGAAGUGAAAAUUUUUAAUGUAUUUGUAGAAGAAUAACAUGAAAAGGAAGGUGCUUUACAAUCAUGCAUAGAUAAACAUUUACAAACAAGCAGACUGGGCAUUAUCUAGAAAUUAAUAAUUAUCAGUGACUGCUUGGCAGUCCAAGGAAGGGAUUUGUUCCCCAAUUGUAUCAAAAGUCCAGGGCACAGCAAACACAGUAAUCUGUCUCUCAGUUUUGAUUUCUUCAGAGCCACACAGUAGCUGUGAUCUUUUUGGAGCGACUUAUUAAGUAUCUAAUGUGAUCAGUAACAUUUGUAAUCACAUGAAUACUGCCUGGCAGUUGAACUGAUUGCGUCUGCCAAAAUCUUCUGGAGAAGUGUCUUUCAUUAAGCAAAUCACAUGCUGGAUUGAACCACUCAAAGUGGCCUCUACAGAGAGCUUUGGCAGAGAGCCUACACAAUGCCUGCCUGCCCAGGAGUCUCUUGCAAACUGUAUUUUGGGAAAUGCUUAACUUCUACCAAAAUGGUCCUUAGCUCUUGCAUGGACUCUGCACUCCAUCAGGGUGGGUUACAGUGCUGAUGUUAUUUGUAUUUCUGCUGCAGAGACAAGAGAGAACAAACCAAUUUCAGCAGUGUAGUAGACAACAAUAUUGUGCCUUGUUACUCUUUAAAUGAGAAUAGCAAGUCCUUUCUCAUUGUUUGCAUUUUUUCCUUUAUUUUGGGAAGAACAGAAAAUAGCCCCAGUGGAAAGUUCCUGUUGAUAACAAUACAUUUUUCAUUGGGCUUAAAACAUCAUCCCCAAAGCAGAGAUUUGUGUAUCAGCUUGAGCAUCAGGCUCAAAACUUUUAUACAAACAAGAAUAUUGAAACAGAUUCAACAAAAAAAAGUAGUUUUCAAAGUCAUUUUACGAAUUCUUUUCAGUAUGUCUGUCUUUCUGUGGGUGGCUGGUGUUUUUGAUAUUGUGCUCUCAGCCUGCUCAGUAAGUUGGGAUGGAAGCUAUCUGUAUGUUUCCAAACUGCUUCUCUCCCAUUUCUUCUGCAACACAGAACACAAGGAAAUAGGGAACUUUGACCUACUGCCAGCUUAUUAUUUCAUGUGCAGUCCUACUCAGUAACACAAAGGAGCAUGUUGCCAUAUAUUUUCUAAAGUUGUUUGAAAGGCGUGUGAUUCUCAGCAAGGAAAACCUUCCUUGCACCUGCAUUUCAAAUAAAAAAUCCCCUUUGUCCUUUGUAGUAUUGCAGCAAACCCCUUUAUAGGACCUUGGGACCUGUUUUGUGUACAAGAGAAGCAGCAUGACACAGCAGCAGCUCCCUUCUUGUAGCAUCACACUGCACUGUGGCACUGUCAGUAGAGCAGUAGAGAUUUCCCUCAUUGACCAAAUUUUAUUGUUCAAAGAAAACAGUAGGAUGAACACAGCUUCCUUGCAAAAUACCAGCCUUUGGCUUCUUUACUCCCACUUAUAUUUGGACCAAAGUAAUGCACAGCUUUUAAGCCAGUUUUUUGCAGGAGAUGGAGUCCCAGCACUGAACCUGUGAAUUUUCCAGCACAGCUCCCCUUUUCAGAGGGCAGCAUGUCUGUGGUUGGUAUUGAUAUUGUGCAUGCUUAUUCUGCUGGAACCCUAAAGAAUCUUGCAAAUCCUCUUACAAAAACUGGGUUUUUUGUUCAUGUUUUCAUUUAGAAAUAUGGUUGCUCACAGUUGAGUUUUGAUAUAUGCAGCUUAUUACAAUGUAAAGGUGGAAUGAAUGACAAGUGGAUGUUGUCUGACUCCCAAAGGGAUUAGAGUGACACUGCAACUUUAUGGUUCUAACAGAGUGAUUAUUCUGUACUUCUCUUUGUCUAUAAUACAACACAAUAAAAGGGCAAGAUGCA